GACUUGUCAACUGACUUGGUUCACAUCAAAUUAGUGCUUAGUCUCCCGGAAUGUCAUUGAGGCAGGCGAUGUGACACAUGGAGGGGUAGAAGAGGAGGCGGAUAAGAAAUGAGUUGGGGAAAGAAGCUGAAGACUUCAGGUGUACUUUUUAAACAAAUAAGGGGAGCGGAGAAGAGGCCUGAGGAAGAGGGGAAUAGAUGAGUACAGUUUAAGGAGAAGUGGAGGAGUAAAUUGGGAGGAUCUUAAGGAAGAGAGGAUGAGUGAAGACGUGGAUCUGGAGCAAGAGGGAAUGGAGAAGUCGGCCUGAACAACGGAGAUGCAGCGGAAUAAAAGAAGAUAAGAGUGAUAUGGUGACCUGUGUAAGGAGUGGGAAACUGCUGGCAUGAGUGACGAGACAACAAGGACCGAUAUCUCCUCAACGUCCACUAACCCGGGUAAUGAAAUGUUUAACAUCGCCAAAGAAAUACUAAAUACAGGGAAGUUUCUCUGACACAGAUGAAUCCUAAUCAUGGUCUAAAAUUCUAGCUCAAGUGAGAAUCUCUAUUGAAAAUGCUUGUGUGUCCAGGAUUAGGCAUAAUCUGUGUCUGGGAUAUCUCCCAUGUAUGACUGGCCUUGUGUUGGCCAUAAUUUAGUUGAGGAAAGUCAUUUUAUUGAUCGUUUCCACAGGUUUGUGAAACAAUUUAAGUCAAGAUACUGUACGUAGUUAUUCAAGCACCCUCUAGUGGUGCAAUGUGUCUUAUUUGAGAAGAACCACAAUGAUAUUGUCAGGGUGGUGGUAUGAUUGACUAAGGCUGCUUCCCAAAUGGCACCCCGGUCAAAAGUAGUGCACUAUAUAGGUAACCUCGUUCCCAGACACUUCUGCCCAAAUGCAUGGAAGGUCUAGUGGACCAAUACGUCAAACUAAGCAUUCGUUAGCCAAUAAGAAAGAUGUGAAUCUCCCGGCGUGAUAGGCAUUGGCUUAAUCUACCAACAAAUCAUCUCCCCCUACAGCUUCCCCCAUGUGUCUUGUGCACCUCUGUCGUAUCAGAGAGGACGAGGCGAAGCGAAAGAUUUUAAUCCUCCCAAAAUCUGUCCACGAAAAAUAAGUCCACAAGUUGAGUAAUUUUUGUAUGGAGGUAAUAAAUGAGUGUCGAAUUUGGUCAACAACAUUUUUUUAUUGCUAAUUUGCUACUUGAGGCUUAUUUGAUCUAAUGUAAGUCUAGUAAUGGUUAGGUUGUUACGAAUGGCAUUUCGGCAACUUUGAAAAAAUGUACUUUAUAUGUUGUCAGAGCUAGUGGAGUCAUCAUGGACAUAACCCGUUUUAACAUGGUUACUGCCCUCACCGUUUUAACAUGGAUACAGCCAUUGAAGGCUUCCACAAUUCCACCAUGGGUGGGAAAUCCUCUGAGCCAAUAAAGAUUGCCUCAAUGGCGCUAUAAUGGCACAGCUACAAAGAUGAGUCCUCUGUCUAGCUCUAUGGCCUCUUCACACACUUAUCUCCUUUUGCAUUGGCUAGAAUGAUCCCACCUGAUCUCGCUUCCUCCCCCCCUGCCUUCCAUGUAUUUCCAUUGUUGGAGUGGUAUAUCUACUAUCUUGUCAAUAUAAUAGACAAUCUUUGGUUGUAUGGGUCUGAUGUUGUAACUCUUAUUGGGAUAGUCCCCCCCAGGCGACACACAUGACCACAGAUUUUAAUGGUGUAGGCUUUCUUCUCUGUGAAGCCAUUGGCUGGCUAGCUAGCUAUUUUCUUUGCUAAUUAGCAAGCUGGAAGUUUUGUUUUUGCUAGCACACUGGCACAAGUUCCUGCCCGGGUCAUGCCUCCAUUUGGAGCAACGCCUUGCGGUCGUGUGAUUCGCUCAAGUUAAAUGAUGACAAAUACUUUACUCAAUAAGUCACUCACAUAGAAUUGCAUGAUCAUUCACACUAGGCCCACUUUGCAUCGUUGAUAUCCUAGGCUCAUAUGCGAUGUGCGCUAUAGCCCUGUAAUGAGGUUACUAUAAAUUGAAUAGGGGCCCAUUGGGGACACAUUGAGCCUAAUGUGUACCUGCUAAGCUCAACUGGCCAACUGGCUGUAUUGUUAUGACUGAUUUGCUGUGUGUAACUUUGUCCCAUCUCUUUGAAUGUCUCUUGAGGAAAGAGGUCAAAGUGAGGAGGAGAACCAGAGGGGAGCAGAGUGGUUGAGAGACGGCUAAAGGACAUGUCACUUAGCCAGGGACAGGAAGUACAGCCACAAUGAGUGAGCUUGGUGCCGCAAACAUGAGACCAGACAGGUUAAGCUCUCUGUUUUACACACACACACACACACACACACACACACACACACACACACACACACACACACACUAUUCUACUUUGGAAAAUUCUGUACAUUUAAACCAUGUAUUUUUAAUUAACAGAUUUGAUUCAAAUAAAAGCAAUAAUAUGUAUGCUUCUCUUUACACAAUAAAAUAUGUAUUAUCAUAACUCUUUUUAUUGCUCAGUUACUUGUAUCUUUUGCUUAUACCUUAAACUGACAUGUCCAUUGUUGAUGCAUUAUGAGGCACAGUGAGUGACAGUCUAGGUACUCCCAACUGUGUUGAUAGGAUCAUCAUAUUCAUAUUCGUUGGAUAGAUCACACUUUUACAUUUUACAGAAAGUGUUCUAUCUUGAGAAUGUCACCGCUGACAUCAAGCAGUAGAAAAUGUGAGGUGCAGGUACUCUGCUCAAGUGAGCCCCUUCUCAAGUCAAGCCCUAAGCCUAACUUUUUCUUCUUCUUGUCAAUUGACAUGCACCAUCUGAAAUAAUCACCUGCCAAUUUAAACUAUUUUCUAAAUGUCAACCAUUGUAUUGUAUCAUCAAGAUGAGUAAGAUAAACUCUAAAGUUUAGUCUAAAGUUCUUAGUCCAUGCAUGUGCUUAGGGAUGGAAGUGGGGACAUGAUUUAAGGAGGGAUGAUAGAUGGCAAAUUUAAGAAAUGGUUUGGGUUGGGUACAAUAAAUAUUGAGGGGAAAAAAAGAUGAAAACACCACUGGCUAUUUAAAACUGAGAUAAACCCAGUGGGGGUUUCGGCAAGAGCUCAUACAACUAUCUGUUUUUCAUUGUGAGAAAAUCUUGUACUGUACGUGUUUAUUUGGAGUGCCAUGAUUAGGUAUGUGCGCAUAAGUGAAUGCUGUCAUGUGGGCCUAUUGUUUACAUGUUCGCUCAUUGUGUGUAAAGUGGGUGUGUGCAGAAGAACCAUUCAAAUGACUUAUGACAUAUGUCAAAUUUUAAAGAGAUUUGUUUUUAUUUAUUCUUUGUCAAUCGAAGUUUCAGUCAGCGACCGCGUCUACAACCAUUUCAGCACCGCGGUCAGCUCUCACUACUAGAACAAAAGACAGAUUUGCAUCCCUUGAUGUCAGGCACCGCCAAAAAGUGCAUGGCUGAAAUGAAGGACGAAAACAUGUCAAAACCAAAAAUCCCUCUCAUAGAUUAUAAAAGUAUCAUUUAGUCCAAUAAAUGUUAAGUAUUAUAUGAUUAAGUAAUCGAUUUUGUAUCAUUAUGUUGUCUCAUUCUGCACAGUCAAAAAAAUGAGAAUGGAGGAAAUGUCGUCUUAAGACCAGUCCUGGUAGAAUUCUUAGACGCUUCCUAACGGCAGACAUCACGGCUUGUUACAACCUAAGGGAGAAUAUAGAUCGACAGGGAGGGAGACACCGGUUUACGACGUCAAAGGCAACGGAGUACACAGAGCCAGCCAACGCGGGAGCGAGCGGCAGCAAUAGUCUACCAUUUCCUGUGUUUGAUCAUAGGGAGCCUUUUAUUAUAACCACAAACCGCUUGAGAAAUCCCAAAGAGGUCAUUUUUUUUUCGAAAAUCCAAUUUUGUGUGUAUUUAGUGGAAAACCGGGUUUGUACACAUAACACAAAUCAAAACUACGAGAUAAAGCAUCACACGCUCAUGUUUAUGGAUAAAGGACGUCGUCGCUUGGAUUUGUUCGGUGCGCUCUUUUGGGGGUAACUUGUCAAGGUACGGAUUCAGAGGGGUCCUACAUUAGACAAAUUUAAUUGAACAGGAGAAUAGACAGAAACCGAAAAUAAACCCUAUUUGACAAGGGACAGAGGAGAACGGGUGAUUCUGCUCUCAACUAACUGCGAGACGAAGGAGAGAGGAUCAAGGAGGAAUAGUAGGACCGAGUUGAAACCUUCGCCCGUCAUCUCCACAUUGUCCGAAGAUCUAUAGGUCCUCCCCGCUCAUUCUGACCACAUUUCCAGUGUCCGUCCUCGGUGCGCACAUCCCCGCUCCCACACCGUGUCAAUGAAGGAGGCCGACGCAAUCAAGCUCUUCGUUGGGCAGAUACCCCGAAAUCUUGAGGAGAAGGACUUGAAACCGAUCUUCGAACAGUUCGGGAAAAUCUAUGAGUUGACAGUGAUAAAGGACAAGUACACGGGGAUGCACAAAGGCUGUGCCUUCCUGACAUACUGCGAACGAGAGUCUGCCCUCAAGGCCCAGAAUGCACUGCACGAGCAGAAGACGCUACCAGGGAUGAACCGGCCCAUUCAAGUGAAGCCAGCAGACAGCGAGGGCAGAGGGGAAGACAGGAAGCUGUUUGUGGGCAUGCUGGGGAAGCAGCAGUCUGACGCGGACGUGAGGAAGAUGUUUGAGGAGUUUGGGAACAUUGAAGAGUGCACCGUGCUCCGCGGCCCUGACGGCACUAGCAAAGGCUGUGCCUUUGUGAAGUACCAGAACAAUGCAGAGGCUGCGGCAGCCAUCAGCACUCUGCAUGGGAGCCGCACUCUACCGGGAGCCUCUUCCAGCCUGGUGGUGAAGUUCGCCGACUCUGAGAAGGAGCGAGGGAUAAGGCGCAUGCAGCAGGUGGCGUCCCAGCUGGGGGUCAUCAGUCCCAUGACCUUACACCUCGGGGCUUACAAUGCCUACACACAAGCACUGGUGCAGCAGCAGGCUCUGGUGGCCCAGUCGGCCUACUUGUCUCCUGUGUCCACCAUCACCAUGCAGCAGUUGGCUGCCCUCAACCCGAGCAGCCUCAUUGCCACGCCCAUCGCAUCACUCACUACCUCCUCAGGUACCAGCACUCCGCCCACCAUGGCAGCCACACCGGUGCCUGCUCUGCCUCCACCACUCAGCUACCCUCCAGUCCCAGCUCCACCCAAUGGACAGUCAGUGUCUGAAACCCUGUACACCAAUGGAGUUCAUUCUUACCAAGCUCAAACUCCAGUUUUGGAUCCUCUUCAGCAAGCGUACGCUGGGAUGCAGCACUACACAGGUGGGACAGUAGUGAGUCCAUUUGAGUCCUUAAAAUUUCCUGGAGGGAAUUUUAGGUUUGAAAUGCCCUCUCAACAGUCCUUAAUGUUUACUUAUGCAAACACACCCACAGCAACCUACCCUUCUGCCUAUGGAAUGGUGGGGCAGCCAUUCCCACACCAACACACAAUGGUUGCACAGCAACAUCAGCAGCCUCAGCAACUGCAACAACGAGAAGGGCCUGAGGGGUGUAACAUCUUCAUCUAUCACCUGCCUCAGGAGUUCACUGACUCUGAGAUGCUGCAAAUGUUCAUCCCCUUCGGCAACGUCAUCUCAGCAAAGGUCUUUGUUGACCGUGCCACCAAUCAGAGCAAGUGCUUUGGUUUUGUGAGUUUUGACAACCCGUCCAGUGCUCAGACGGCAAUUCAGGCCAUGAAUGGUUUCCAGAUUGGCAUGAAGAGGCUCAAGGUGCAGCUCAAGAGGCCCAAGGAUGCCAACCGACCCUACUAAAUGAGCAAGGGAGAUGAGAAGGGAAGAUAUAAGAGUUCUAUCAAGAAACUGCUUGGGACGUUCCAGCCUUUUUGGUUGUUUCGCCAACCGUAUAGCACAGGGAGCAACAACACUUCUCAGAAAAAUAUGAUAAAUAUAUGUAUCUGCAACAAUAACAAAAAAAUCUGUAACAACAAAAUAACAAACGUGUGGUGGGUGGUUGAGUACACAUACCAUUCCACAGCUGGAUUCAGUCAUAUUAUGUACAAACUGUAUUGUCAGCUACAAGGUCUACAUGAAAAAGCAUAUCACUUAUUCUACUGAACAGGGUUUUACUGUAUAGUGUGGUUUGUGGUCCAUAACGUAAGGGGGAAGGGCAAUGUCUGGGGUUGAAGAAGUUGGAUGGUAACCUUUAUCGGGGGGAUAAUAUUCUGUAUUGAUUACCAUUGGUCGAUUUGGUAUGUAGAUUUAGUUUAUUAUUUCAAAGUAAAUGAUAGAAGGGGUAACUAAACAGGAAGAAAAUCAACUUCUUCUCACUGUACAUAUCUUUGUUUUAAAUGGAGUCAAAUAAUGAAAAUGUGUUAUUAUAACCACUACUACUGGUAUUGGCAUAAUGGUGGGAGGGAAGGUAAUUGGGUGGAAUUUUUGUAUCUACAUUUUUUACAUUUAAUUUUUUUGUUAAUGGCGAUUUUUUUCUUUUCUUUUUUUUUCUUCAUUUUAUUUUAGAAAAUAGAUUCCUGUGGUCUACAAGACUAUGGAUAAACUUAUUGUAGAAUGUUUAAUUACAUAAAUGUAAUUAUCAAAAAAUCAUUGUUUAAUUAUUUAUUCCCUACAAUUGCUGUUUUAAAACAUGUCUUUAAGAAAAAAUAAAGUCAAAUUUAGAAAAUGAUGUGUCCGUAUGUGGAUAUGCAUUGAUGUGCAACAGAGAGCAGUGGGUUUUUAAAUACAUACCCCAAAAUAUGUUUUUCCCUGGCUUUCACUCUACUGUAGGAAACUACACUGUUAGUAAAUAUCUGAAGCCUGCUUGUCAUAUGAAAGCAUAACCAAUCAACCCCACAUUUCUUUUUUUUCUUUUUCUUUUUUACCUGGUCAGAGAAAGUCAUUAAAAUUGUUAAGUUUAUGUCCCAUCCUUCAUCCUGAUGUUACCAGGUUCUGACCACUAGAUCGUGCUGUUCCUGCUAUAAUGUAAUUUAUUUAAAGCUCAAUGUUAUAGGGAUAGUUCACUCAAAUUCCGAAAUGACACUGGUUUAUAUAUACAGACAGAUACCAAUGCUUUGGUUUCAGAUGCUAACAUUGAGUAGUAACAUUGAGUAUCACAAUCCAUUUUUACAGUGCCUUCAGAAAGUAUUCAGACCCCUUGCCUUUUUCCAAAUUUUGUUAUGUUACAGCCUUAUUCUAAAAUGUAUUAAAUUGAAUUGGGGGGGGGGCAACCUACACACGAUAUCACAAUGACAAAGCAAAAACAGAUUUUUAGAAAUGUUUGCUAAUUUAUUUUUUUAAUUUUUUUUUAAAGAUAUUCCAUUUACAUAAGUAUUCAGACCCUUUACUCAGUACUUUGUUGAAGCACCUUUGGCAGUGAUUACAGCAUCAAGUCUUCUUGGGUAUGACGCUACAAGCUUGGCACAUCUGUAUUUGAGGAGUUUCUCCCAUUCUUCUCUGCAGAUCCUCUCACACUCUGCCAGGUUGGAUGGUGCAGCAACUCGCCCAGCUAUUUUCAGGUAUCUCCAGAGAUGUUCGAUCGGGUUCAAGUCCGGGCUCUGGCUGAGCCACUCAAGGGCAUUCAGAGACAUGUUCCCGAAGCCACUCCUGCGUUUUCUUGGCUGUGUGCUUAGGGUCGUUGUCCUGUUGGAAAGUGAACCUUCGCCCCAGUCCGAGGUCCUGAACGAUCUGGAGCAGGCUUUCAUCAAGGAUCUCUCUUUGUACUUUGCUCUCUUCAUCUUUGCCUCAAUCCUGAUUUGAAAGAGCUAAUAUAGAGUGCCUUCAGAAAUUCACACCUCUGGACUUUUCCACAUUUUGUUUCAGCCUGAAUUUAAAAAUUAAUUCAAGUGCAAAUGAUUAUUUAUUAUUGUUUUGUUCACUGGCCUACACAUAGUACCCCCAUAAUGUCAAAGUGGAA